GGGGGGGGGGAGGAGGAAUGGCGGCGCCGUGGCGGGCGAGCCUCCUGGCCUGCGAGGGGCUCUCGGGCGUCUGCCUUGUCCCCACCGUCGCCAGCAAGAAGAUGAUGCCCAAAUCCGGCGGGAAGCAGGACGGGAGCCGGGACCGGGGCUCCAGCCCCGACCUGCUGGUACGGACUGGGGCCCUGCUUGGAGCGCGCGCCUCCCGCUGCGGCUCCUGCCCUUCGCUGGGGCACUGCUCCAAGGGGCAAGAGAGAUGUGCCCAUUUUUGUGCCCUGAGCCCCCUUUCUGGGCCUGCAGGAGUUUUGGGGGUGGGCCCAAAUACUAAAUCCCCCCCAUUUCAGAUGGUGGUGAUUGAGCAAAACGGCUCCUUCCAGCUCAAGAACUUCAUCUGCGACCACUGUUUCGGCGCCUUCCGGAGCAGUUACCACCUCAAGCGGCACAUCCUCAUCCACACCGGGGAGAAGCCGUUCGAGUGCGACAUGUGCGACAUGCGCUUCAUCCAGAAGUACCACCUGGAGCGGCACAAGCGCGUGCACAGUGGGGAGAAGCCCUACCAGUGCGAGCGCUGCAUGCAGAGCUUCUCCCGCACGGACCGGCUGCUCCGACACAAGCGCAUGUGCCAAGGCUGCCAGACCAAGACCCCUCCCGACUCCCAGCUCCUGCUGUGAAAAUUGGGGAAUACCGGGAAGUUCAGGGGGUGUGGGAGGGGGGUGUUUCCUCCUGCACGCCCCACAUCACCAUGCUCUGCCUCACCUGGAUUUCUCACCCCCCUAAGGAUGGGGAAGAGCGCUGCCAGCGUGAAAAAACUUGGAUCGUUCCUGCCCUCCAGCCUAAAAACUUGGAUUAUGAUCCCAAAGAUUCUCCUGGAAUCUUCAAGUGGCCCCCACCCCC